AUGCUGUCAUCUGCGCGAACAUUUGCUCUACAGCCCUUGUGGAUACUGCGAGCCCGAAAUGGGCUUCGAGCCUUCGCAACUCAUGCUACCACUCCUACGUCAACACCUGCAUCGACAUCUCUGACCUCUGGCAACACAGUUAUAGCGUCCGCCAGUACGGCUGUGGACGGCCCUUUGCGUCCACAUCUAAAUAUCCCUGUAGAUCCUAAUCAUGGUCUCUGGGCAUUCUUCCGCAGAAAGGAAGUGGAUGGCAAGGUUUCACAUGAGACGCUAGAACCAGCAGAUAUUGUCAAUGACAACAGUGGUCGUUCAUGGAAAGCCGUCGAGUUGCGUAGGAAAAGUUUCAAGGACCUCCAUACCCUUUGGUAUGUCCUGAUGCGAGAGCGAAACCUUCUUGUCACGCAAAACGAGGAGGCACGUCGGCACAAGAUUCCUCUGGAAAUGUUAGCCACACAGAAUAAGCUAUUACGAUGUCGUAAAAGUAUGGCUCGCAUCAAGUACGUGAUCAACGAGAGGCGGCUCGCGUACGAGAAGGCAACACAAGCGUACAACAAACAGCGGGAAGCUGACCUCGCGGGAGAACAAAAAUUGAUACAAGCGGAGCAAGAGGAGAAUGUUGCCAAGGCCGAAGCAAUGGCCAAGGCACAGGAGGCAGCACGUAGGAAGGAGGCAGGCGAGACCCAGACAGCGGCGAGACUGGCAGGAGCAGGAAUCUUCGAAACCGUGGGGUCAGAAUCCUCUGUUCUCCGGACUGAAGACCUGAAGAACAAAUCUUAG